AUGUGGUUGGAAGCUCAGCGUAUGCAUUAUCUACAAACUUCAUCAUCCGUGAAUUGGGCAAGCCGUCGAUUCACUCGGUCAAUCCUCACCUUUGCGCCUUUCAAUAAGAGGAGCUUUCUUAAUGCACCAUCAUUUAACAAGAACUCUUAA